AUAAUGGGAAUGAGGUAAUGGCAUCGAGAUUGCGCGCCGUUAUCGGAUGAGGCACGCGCUUUGCAACGGUUAUCUACCAGCUCCGUACAUAUGAUGAUGCUCUUCCCCGCUGGUCUCGUCCCCGCCGGUGCGCCCUGGUCCGCCAGUAGAAGAGGCACCGGGGAGCACCAUUCGGGCGACCAUUAGUCUGCACUUCCCCAGGAUGCUGCAGUGAUGCCUUACCAGCCCCGACUGCCCUGGGCCCAUGACUAUUCUCGUUGCUGGAGAUGCUGCAGCCGUCGCGGGCCAUUAUGCCAAUUGCAAGUUGGCGUGGCAAGCGGGAACUAGCCCAUUCGCCGCCGGGGAUGCUGCAUGCUCAUCUCGAUGGCACAGUGCAGCGGACCUGGACGCGUCGACAGCCUGUGAAGCUCUGCAGCACCACUCUUCAGCUUGGCGGCGCAUGUGCAAGCGCAGAGGCGAGCCCGGAGGAGGCUGGAUAUCUCUGGAGCCCCCGGCUAGCGGCCCAUCAGUCACUAUCGCUGUGGCUGAUAGUCGCGAUGGUCGUUGUUAGCCAUCCGAGACGACCGUUCUUGGGGCUUGCGCUUCCCCGUUUUCAGGCAACAAGUCCUCACGUUCCGGGGCGCUUUGAGCCUUCAUCUCUCCGCCAUGAUACAUUCAUGUCAUCGCAACUCUAGUCCUCCACACCUCGCGCUCGCCGCCUCCACUUUUGAUGUACGUGUCUUUAUCGUGUGUUCCCAGAGC